GCUGAAAGUGACGCGCACGGUUGCGUUGCGUGCGUUCUCGAAACCAAAAUCGUACCUCGCACACACACUCUCACCAUACCACGAAUGGUCCGUCGUGGGAAGCUAGCGGGCUGGCAGGUUGCCAUCGAGACCAAUGCACCUUCGGAGCUCUGCAGCGCGCAAUUUUAGCGGAACUCAAAAGAUGGUAGAGAUGGUGCAGAUCCAGGUUCCAACAACAUGCCAUUACAGUUCUCCGCCAAAAGUGGGCCAAAGGUCAUAGAGAAAACCUAUGAUGAAGACCGAGACAACAAAUCCUCAGGCAGAAGACUCUCUACUCCAGACCAGGGCUCGCAGCACAUGUGGGAAGGGGGCGGAGCCAUGGGUUACCAAGACAACUCAAUGAACGAUCCCGGAGCAAUAAUGAUGAUGGGCGGCGGCGGUGGUUCAAUGUUGCCCGGGAUGGGCCCGGGUUUUGGUGGAAUGGGACCUGGUUUUCCAGGCCCAGGCCCUAUGGAGGGGCAGGACUUCAUGCAGGGUGGUCCUAUGGGCCAAGAGAUGGGUCCUAUGAUGGGACCGAUGAUGGGACCGAUGAUGGGACCGCCCAUGGGUGGACCUAUGGGCAUGGGCGAUAUGGGCAUGGGCGAUAUGUCUGGUAGUGGUCCAAGGAAACCGGUCCUGCACUUUGCUGAUUUCACCCUCUUCCCCCCUACUGUGCACCAAGGCCCACCACCGGUAGGAGAGCGCCCUCUUGGUUGUAAGACCAUCUUCGUUGGAGGUCAACCUCAGAGUAUGACGGUCGAGAUGAUGCUCGAGCUCUUCACUAAAUACGGAGGCGAGAUCAUCAAUAUCCGACAAGGAAAGAGAAACUUCUGUCACGUCCGCUUCAAGGAUGAACAAGCGGUCGACAAGGCCAUGUUUGUUUCGGGCUACAGAGUGCGAAUCGGUGCAAACAUUGACCCGCCUAACAACGGACGUCUGCGGUUGGACUUUGCAGAGAACCGCGAUGACCAGUACGAAUUUGAGUGUGACCAGCGGCGCAGGGCCAGAGAAGCAAGACAUGCUUACACAACCGUUACGCCAGAAGAACCUGCCGUUAACCCUAGGUACACGCCCGGGGAGAGCUCCACGCUACUUUCAAAAAUCAAAGAUGGCGAGUCGUUCCCCCAGGCCGCUAACAUGCUUGUGAACUGGCUGGAGAGGGGAGAGUGUGACAAGAGAAACUCAGCUCAGUUCUACAACUUGGUGAAGUCGACACAUACGCAUGUGAGGAGACUGAUUGGUGAGAAAGCUCAGUGUGACCUGAACCUCAAUCAGAUACAACAGCAGUACAGGAUGCAGGUCAUUGGACUCAUUACACAAUACACUCUGAUCGAGCAGGUAUUAAUGAGUGCAUGUAAGCAGAAGGUGUGGGACCAUUUCACCAAGGCGCAGAGGAAAACCAUUGAAGGCUGGAAGCAACAGACCAAGGAGUUGCGUCAGCAGCAGCAAGAGGAGCUUGGAGUGGGUGAGAAGGGGGAAGCAGAGAUGGACCUCUCCGACGAAGAGGACCAGAUCGGGACCCAAAGCGGGACCCAAAGCGAGGCCAAGCGCCCCCGUACAGAGUCGAUUACCUCAGACUCUCCCCCCGUGACCAUUCAAUCAACUUCCUCCGCUCCACGGGAUGACCAGCUCCAGCUUCAGGUCCAAGCCCUGAUGCAUCAGAACAGCGUCCUCAGGAACCAGCUGGAGACCAUCAAAGUCAAGGAUGAGUCUGCCAGCCUGGCCCCGCCCGGGACCACGCCCAGCGGUGGUGUGCCGAUCGCCAACGAGGAGAUGGAGACCCAGAUCAAAGCCUUGCAACAUUCUCUACUUAGCAUGCAACAGCAACUGCAAGAUACUAAGAACAAAUGGAAGAAGGAAGAAUCCAUGCGGAAAGAUACAGAGGAAAGACUUCGAACAGUGGAAUCUCAGGUAUCGAGCAGGAGUGACUCUAGACAGACGACGGACACAGACUCCAACGAGAAACAAACGACCCUUGACCCCAGGAAGGCUGAUAUGAUCGGUCUACUAAGCAUCUUCCUUCACGUUCAUCCCUUUGGUGCAUCAACAGAGUACCUUUGGUCUUACAUGCAGCGUAUCAACCCCUCCGUCACCAUAAACGAGAUUGAAUCUCUCAUGAACUCCUACCCGACCAUCUUUAGACAGGAUCUCUUUGGGGUCGGGGCCUCGCUGGAAAAGCGGUGGCGCUACACGGCCUUUUCUAAAUUCUCGGACCUGAAAUCUGGUGUUGUAGACAACGGUGGUUCGUGAGGAUGUACGUUGUUUGGACCCACUCGUGCGAUACAGGGAAAAGAGCAUUGCUCUGUUGACUAUUGAUAUGGCAGUAGACUCUUUGGACAGUCUUAUUCUUUAAAAUUCCCAGUAUUGCAUGGCUAAAUGCUACCGUUGAGGUGUUCAGAUCUCUACAUGUAUAUAUGCAUAGUGCGUUGACACAGACCGAUUGUUCCGGUACAAAGGUACAUAUUCCAGCAAAAGUAGCUUUGCAGUCCAUGACUUACUCUAACAAAUUCAUCCUGGGAUCAAACAGUAUACUCAAAUGAUAAGGUGGCGAGUUGCUACAAGUAUAUCACGAAUGUUAUAUAUUCACCUCAAGCUACAACGAAUCAGCGAAAAUUUUGAACAUGUUCAAAAUUUUCACUGAUUCGUUGUUACUCGAGGUGAAUUCGUUGUUACUCGAAGUGAACUCGCUUACACUCGUAAUAUACUCGCAUUACUUGUAACAAGCUCGCGCUGCACUCUUUAUAAGGUAGCUAGUUGCUACGAGUUAUGAAGAGUGCAGCGCGAGCUUGU